AAAAAAAAAAAAAAAAAAAAAAAAACCGAACAAAAAACCAAUCGUCGCCACCCGACACUCCACUCUCGGAUCCGACUUAAUAUUCCCCAUCCCAUUCAUUCCCCCUUUCCCUUUCCAUCUCUCUCCUCCUCCUCCCUCCUCCACCGCCCACAUCCCACCAGAUGCUUCAUCUCUCCCAUUUCCACCACUACCCCCACUCAAAUUCCCUUUCUGCCCCUCCCAAUUUCCCCCAUUUCCUCUCCCUACCCCCUCACCGGCACCGCCACCUCCACCGCCGUCGGAUUUAUGUAUAGCAAAAAAACCAUCCUAGGGUUUCUCUGCUCUGGACUUGUCCUCGACGCCGGCUAAUAUUAGCUCAGCUCCGAUCAAUGCUGGUCCCCGGAAUUAUAGGGUUUCAGGGCCUGCUGCUGCUCCUCAUCUUGCUCUCCUUCUUCGUGAUUUGUCACAAGUGGAAGAAUGCGGCGGCGAAGAAAGAGGAAAUCUUGAGGCUUGUGGCUAUGGCUUCCGAAGAGACCGCUGUGGCGGAGUUUCAGGCCACGGCUUUUUUCGCUCCAGUGGUGCAGCCGGCGUCCUGGCCGUACCAUUGUGCCGUCUGCUAUGCCAGUACCACAAUGCGCUGCUCUAAAUGCAAGGCUGUCCGAUACUGUUCUGGUAAGUGUCAAAUCAUCCAUUGGAGACAAGGUCACAAGGAUGAAUGUCAGCCUUCAAUCGAUUCCAUGCAGUUCCAAGACAGGAGUGAUUUUGAUGGGGACACAGUUUUACAUCACGAUGGGAAAGGAUCACGUACUAAUUUAACUCCAUCCAAUACCGUAUCAUGGGAUGACAAAUCAAGGAAACCUCUUUCUGAUGUUGUUGCUCCUGAACAGCCUAGGAAUAUGUCAUCACCCUUAGAGUGUACUAAGCUGGUGAAUCAUCAAGAGGACAUGUCUUGUGAAAACAAGUUAUAUAAGAUGAAAUCGAGUCAUACUGAUAAAGCGGUUGAGUCUACACAAAAAUUUCCUAAAGCAAAUGCAAACGUAUCUGGUGAGGCUCAGCCUGAAAAUCUUGGCAGUAAGAAGCAGUCUAGAAGAGCUAUUUCAACAGAAAAGUUAGUUACUGAUGCCUCUAAGUCCAAAAGCUCAUCAAGUAAUGACAGGGAAGAUGGGUCUAAAGAAGAUGGAUCUCAGUCAAAUAGUGCUUCUGUUGAUGAGCCAUCUUCGACCACUGAGGGGCAUCUCGAUUCCAUUUCUAGGUCUGAAAAAAUCGAAGCUUAUCAUGCAUUGCCUGCAAAAUUCAGUAGUAUCCCAAGCUUGCCGCAAAAUUCUAGUAAUGGAUUGAAAACAUCUAUGAGGAAAGUUGUGCAGCAGUUUAGAUCCUCAAAACAGCUGAAAUGCAACCCUUCAAGUCAUGGAGAUGAGACUGGAAAAUACAAGGUAUUGUUUCCAUAUGACCUGUUCGUGAAACUAUACUCCAACAACAGUGCUGAUCUUUACCCCUUUGGACUCAUGAAUUGUGGGAACAGCUGUUAUGCUAACGCUGUGCUUCAAUGUUUAGCAUUUACUCGGCCCCUUGUUUCUUAUCUUCUUCAAGGGCUCCAUUCAAGAGCAUGUCGAAAGAAGGACUGGUGUUUUAUCUGUGAGUUUGAAGUUUUGCUUUUGAAGGCAAGAGAAGGGAAGUCUUUACUGUCCCCUAUCAGGAUACUAUCCAAAAUACAUAAAAUUGGAAUUCAUCUUGGUCAAGGGAGGGAAGAAGAUGCUCAUGAAUUUUUGAGGUAUGCUGUUGAUACCAUGCAAUCUGUUUGCCUCAAGGAAGCUGGGGCUGUUGGUCCUUUGGCUGAAGAAACAACUCUAGUAGGCAUGACUUUUGGAGGCUAUCUCCGAUCUAAGAUAAAGUGCAUGAAGUGCCUUGGAAAAUCUGAGCAAAUUGAGCGGAUGAUGGAUCUUACAGUUGAAAUCGAUGGGCAAAUUGGAACUCUUGAAGAGGCUCUUGCUCAAUUUACGGCUACUGAAACUUUGGACGGGAAUAAUAGGUACCAUUGUAGCAGGUGUAAAUCUUAUGAGAAAGCCAGAAAGAAAUUAACAGUUUUGGAGGCACCAAAUAUUCUUACAAUUGUAUUGAAGCGAUUUCAGUCUCGUAACUUUGAGAAGCUGAAUAAGUCAAUAAGGUUCCCAGAGGUUCUCAACAUGUCCCCGUAUAUGGGUGAAACAAGUGAUAAAUCCCCUUUGUACAGUCUUUAUGCUGUGGUUGUUCACUUGGACAUUAUGAAUGCUGCGUAUUCGGGCCAUUAUGUAUGUUAUGUAAAGAACAAUCAGGGGGAGUGGUUCAAGAUUGACGACAGCUCAGUUGAACCUGUGGAAUUAAAGAGGGUCUUAUCUCAAGGAGCAUACAUGCUACUUUAUGCAAGGUGCACCCCACGUCCCCCGGCCUUGCUAGGAAGUAGUGCCAUUUCUAAUGGUGGGAAAUCCAAGAGACGGAACUUGGAAGCUGUUCCUGCAAGCCAUACCAAAUCCAAGUCGAGAUGUAACUCCGCAGUUCCAAGGCCUUACACCAACAAUCAAUUGCAAAAUCCAGAUCCAGAUGAUUGGAGAUUCCAUGCAACUCAUAGAAUUCCUGCCAUAGAUUCAUCGAGUGAGAGUUCAUCCAUAUUUAGCUCAUCGGAUGCAAGUUCUUGUAGCACAGUGAGCACCAAGGAGUCUUCCAGCAAUGAAGAUUUCUCGGAUUACAUAUUUGGCGAAAUGGGACCCAACUGGUACAGCCAAUACAGCAGGCAUUCGUCCGCUGGGAUCACAUCUUCAUUGUUUCCCAACUUGGAUGUAGGUAUAAAAGGCCGUAACUUGGAAGGGGAAGGGAAUGCCGCAAUUUUGUGUAGCGACAGAAGUAGACAUCGUAGAAGGUCAACCUUGGAUUGAUUGGAUUCGUAGUAGUAGUAGUAGUAGUAGUAGUAGUAGUAGUAGUAAUAGUAGUAGUAGUAGUAUAAGUAUGGAAAUCGAGCAGCAGCAAUUUGUAUGGUCGAAUUCCAACCUUCGGAAUGUAAGCUAUAUAUUACGAGCAGAUGGAGAAAAGAAAUGAGCUCGAACAUUUUAUCGAGGUUUGAGCUGAAGUGUAAGUAGGAGAAUAGGAUUAAGGUAAUAAGGUCUCAUUAAGGUUAAUAUCUAUACUAGCUUAUUGAAAAGAAAUCAGUCAUUAUUCAUUCACA